AUGGCCGACUUCGAUAAGCAGAAAAUCGCAACUGAGUUACGAAAAUUCAGGAAAAAGCUACGGCAAAUUGAAAAAUUAGAGGAACAAGAGCGAGAAUUAACGGAAGAAGAAUACCGUAAGCUUUGCACAAAAGAUGAAGUACGCUCCAAAGUGCAGCAGUUGGUAUCAAGGGAAGUUGAACUGAAUGCUGAAAUACAAAAAAUGGAAAAUCAACCAAAAGAAGAUGAACCAAACUUGUUCAUUCAACAAGAAAUCUAAGAUGAUGAAGU